UUUAAAAGUGAAAUGAAUGAAAUAAAAUAUAUUUUUGAUAGUGCUAAAAAUUUUACACACUUACCUAAAGAUCAACCUUCAAUAUCAGGAAAAUUAAUAUUUGUUCAAGAAUUACAUCUUAGAGCAAAAAAAACAGCAAUGCUACUUACUGACGUGAUUCAAUACGAUGAAAGAAUAUCACAACAGGAUUUUUCAAUUUAUAUUCGAGUAUCUAAAGAACUAUUUGAGUUUCAAACCAAUGAGUUUAAAAAAUGGAUGAAUUAUGCUUUAGAAAUUGAACAAAAUAAAACAAGAGACACAUUAUUAUUUUUUGAUGAAAAUACCAAAAUAUUUAAGUGUAAAUUUGAUAUGAAGCUGUACAAAUGAAUUUAAUGGGAUUUGAUUUACCAGAUAGUAUAAAAUACUUGAUUAUGCUAUUAAAACAGAUAAAAAUUAAUGUAACCA